AUGAUUGCGAAGAAUUCCAGAGCAAGGUUCAAGUUCACGUCGAUUCUAAAGAAGACAUCUGAAAAAUCUGAAAGAGAGAAGGCCCUCAAAGACGACCGAGCAAUCACAAAGUUUAUUUUUGAACAAAAAAAUGGGAAAAUCGAAUUGACGCUCGGUCUCAGUCGACAUCACUCCUGGACGCUGAUACUCGGAAACACGCUUCUCGAAGAAGUUGGUCUUUCCAUCUAUCGAGAUGUUCUCCAUAAAGUCGAAUGGAUUCUUCACAUUGUACAGCUUGUCGCAUCCGAGUUCCGCAAGCAAGUGAUCAGCGACGAACUCGAUGUAUUGAGACAUCAGACGACAGUUCAUGCCAAUCAUGUCAACUGGAAGUGCCUCUGUCAAGAACUCCUGCUCGAUGCAGACGGCGUCCUUGAUAAUCUCGAAGAUACGCUCCUGUCAACCUAUUGUGGAGUAUUUCCAGAUGGAGCGACUCCUGGCGGAACUCCAGAUGAAGGCACUCCAGUGGCAUUUUGGGUGGUGGCGGUUCCGGCAAUGGCGUUAGUUUGCGAUUGUUGA